AUGGGCCCGCCAGACCCUCCAGAUAUCCCCUCCUCCUUCGACCCCGCCAUUUUCCUCCACUCCGACAUUCCCGAUCCGCUGCCGUUCAGCUCACACACCGACGAGCUCGAAGCACUACACGAACAAGCCCACGAAACCACCGCAGCCAAAACGCGCCAGGGAAUUGUCAUCCAACACAGAGCUUGGAGGGUGCCCGACGCCUUUCGGAGUGACGAAGACCACCAGCCUGAAACACCCAUUAGGAAACGGCACGCAACGCAGCCCAUUUCGUUCUCCAUAGCAGCAACCUCGAGCCCGUGCGCUCCGCCGUCAUCGCCUCCGCUCACUGCUAUGCCGUUCCUGUCCUCUCCACCAUCGUACCCUCCAAGCGCUGGAGCCACAGACUCGCCGCGGAAAAGGCGGAAAAUUGACGGACACGGCACGGUUCUCGGGAAGGAUAACACAAGCACAUCUAGGCUUUUUCAGGAUGAGUCGGGUGACGAGGAUGAUUUCGCGGCAUUUGAUGCGGCGCACAACAAACGGAAGGCCGUAGCGCUCGGCGCACCUGGAUCUCCUCUCGAGCAGGCUCCGCACAGUGUGCCGAACGAAGAUGCCGCCCCUGAGACAGAGCUGCCGCUGUCGCAGCCGAUGAUCCUCUCUCGAGCUCGUGAAAAGACAAUGUUUACUGUGAGGACGUGCUCCGGCGAGGGCUUUAAUGUCGCUACGCGGCGUCCGACACCAGCGAUUUCGUAUGAGCAACUCAUUGCGUCUCGAUCCAAUGCGGAGCCCGGAAGGGCGAGGAAAAACUACUACGGAAUUGAUAUUCACGCUUUGAUGGAUGAGGCUAACCAAGCAGCAGAGGAGGAGAAGUUACGUCGCGAGGGUAUGGAGCUCGAUGUGCCCAUGCAGACAGUGGAAAAUCCUUUGGCGGGAAGAAGUAACAAACGCAGCCUUUUGUGGUCGGAGAAAUACCGUGCAAGGAAGUUCACUGAUCUUGUUGGUGACGAGAGAACGCAUCGGUUAGUGUUGAAAUGGCUGAAGGCUUGGGACCCGAUAGUCUUUCCCGGCUCCAGCCGCCCGAGACAAAAGUCGGCCAGGUCUUUUGAUCAGGCAGGCACCGAAAACGAAUAUGCACAUCGCAAGAUUCUUUUGCUCACUGGACCGCCGGGCCUCGGCAAGACCACAUUGGCGCAUGUUUGCGCACGCCAAGCAGGGUAUGAAGUUCAGGAGAUCAACGCGAGCGAUGAAAGGAGCAAGGAUAUUGUUAGAGGCCGUAUUAAGGAUAUGGUCGGCACGGAGAAUGUCCGCGGUCUGGAAUCUCACACGGCGACCGGGGCCAAGGUCAGGAAGGCUGGAAAACCGGUUUGUGUCGUGGUCGAUGAAGUGGAUGGCGUGGUUGGUGGUGGCGCGGGAGGUGAGGGAGGCUUCAUCAAAGCUCUUAUCGAUCUCGUCAGCCUGGACCAGAGAAACACUGCGCCGAAGGACAACAGCUCGACACGCCCGAUGCGAAAGAAGGGCGAUAAAUUCCGUCUCCUGAGGCCACUAAUUUUGAUCUGCAACGAUGUGUAUCAUCCGUCGCUUCGUCCUCUUCGUCAAGCUUCAAUAGCGGAGAUUGUACACAUCCGUAAGCCGCCGGUGAACAUGGUCGUACCCCGCCUACAUUCGAUUUUUGAGAAAGAAGGCAUAUCGGCCGACUCCGACGGCGUUCGACGUCUGUGCGAAGCAACCUGGGGUAUCAGCAGCCGCAAGGAUGGUGGAGGCGGAGGUACUGGGGAAGGUGACGUUCGAGGAGUUAUGGUGGUUGGAGAGUGGGUGGCUAGAAAGCUCUUGGCUGAGACGAACGGCGGUGGGCGACUUACCCGAAAAUGGAUUGAAGACAACGUGCUCAACGGCCUCUCUCAGGGCGGCGGAGGGUCGAGAGGUCUCGGCCGAGGAGGUGCCAAAGAGAUUGUGGAACGGGUGUUCAAAGACGGCGCCGGGUUUCCUAAAUCGGCUGCUGCUGCACAAGCAGAGGCAACUAACAUUGAAGGUAAUAGGCCGAUUGGUGUUGCCGAAGCAAGUAAGCGUUUUGCUAUGGAGCGAUUGAGGGAAAUGGUGGGCACUGCUGGCGACACCGACCGCAUCGUGACAGACUGUUUUACCACAUUUGCGAACCAGCCGUUUCAAGAUGAUACUCUACUCAGCAAGCCUAAUAGGGCAUACGAAUGGUUGCACUUCCACGACUCCAUUUCCAACUUGGUACAUACUGGACAAGAAUGGGAACUCGCAAAAUACCUUUCUGUUCCAGUUCUAGCCUUCCACGACCUUUUUGCAUCUUCAAUCAGACCAUCGCUUGGAAACCAGUCCACAUUCAGAAAAGGUCGUGGGGCCGCAGAAAACGGCGUGGAACCCGAGACUGAACCCACCCCAUUCUCUGGCCCCAGUGCGCCGUACCAAGCGAUUGAGCAGACGCGAGCCAAUCUCGCAUCCCUAACGGGCCUGCAGUCCAGCCUCACGCUCCCCUUGACUCGGCUGUAUCGCUCGCCCGCGGAGGUCUCGACCGAGCUCAUCCCGUACACGCUCCGCAUGCUCUCGCCCGACGUCAAACCCGUCAUCAUCAACACAUCGACGGCGGCCGCGGGCGGCGACCGGUCGAAACCGUCGGCGACGGCGUCGGUGCGGAAAGCGUCGGAGAAGGCGCUCGUCAUGCGGGCCGUCAAUGCCAUGGCGGCGGUCGGGGUGCGGUUCGAGAAGAGCCGGAUCGACUGGGGCAUGGAUGCGCGACAGGCGGGGCAUGGCGGGUGGAUUUUCCGCAUGGAGCCGCCGCUGGACGCCCUGGGCAGGUACGAGACGAUGAGCAGCGAAGGCAGGCAGGAUGAGAAGGUACGGUACGCGGUGCGCCAGAUUAUGGACGUUGAGUUCAGGAAGGAGAGUCUCAGGUUGGAGGCAGAGGCUCGGAAGCGGAGAGGGGGGGCUGUAGAGCUGGAGGCUGCGGCGGUGGGUGAAGAUGUGGAAGUUAGGAAUGUUGCUGCGGCAUUAGAGAAGAUUGUGGUCAAGAAGGACUUCUUUGGGCGGACGGUUGCGGAGGCGGUGCCGUUGACGCCGGUGGAGAUAGAGAAGAGAAGAAAGGAGAGGGAGGAGAAGGGCGCGGACGAGGAUGUGUGGGUGAGUUUUCACGAAGGGUUUUCGAAGGCGGUUCGCAAGCCGAUUACUCUAUCGGAGCUCCUGGGUGGACUGUAG